ACGCACCGCUGUUGCAGCUGAAUUCGUCCAGUUUGUAUUCAUUAUCUAUUCUUUUUAAACAGCCUUGUGUUUUUAUUAUGCAAAAAUACCACAAGUAGAAAUCAGCUGGUAAAUCCGUAAACGUGGGUUUCAUGUGUAAGUCGUGAAUAAACCUGUUGGGGGAGAACAUGGAUUCAGACAGGAGGAGAGAAGGUCGCAGUUGGGACUGGGACGACCCGCAGUGCCGAGCCCAACUGGACGAGAUCUUCUUCCGCCGGCAUGACUACAUCCAGGCUGGCGGUCCGGAACACAAAGAGUUCUGGGCUUUCUUUGACCGCUUCCAGAGGUUUAGAACUAAAAAGGACAUGUCUGGAUCUGCCUCCAGUCGAAAAGGUGAGGGAGAAGCAGAAGGGAAGGAGAGGAACAAGUCUGGCUCUGGAAAGGUCGACCUUGGCCUUCCGAGGGAGUACGAUGCUCGCUAUCGGAUCAAUGUAUCUGUGUGCACAAAGGACAUGGAGGAGCGGAUGGGAAAGACGGAGCACAGCAGAAGCAGGCAGAGACCCUCGGGUCCAGGCAGCCAGCAGAUCUCGGACUGCCGCCUGGCUCUGCUGCAUUUUCUGGACUUCAGCCAGAGACAGAGUUUCUGCAAACUGGCCAAGCUCCGCAGGGAGCAGAAGAACCUGCCCAUCUUCCAGUACAAGGACAGGAUCGUGGAUUUAGCGAGACGUCACCCUGUGGUGGUGGUGGCGGGGGACACGGGCUGCGGGAAGUCCACCCAAGUACCUCAGUAUCUCCUCUCAGCCGGCUUCACCCACAUAGCCUGCACCCAGCCUCGACGUAUCGCCUGUAUAUCCUUAGCAAAGAGGGUCAGCUUUGAGAGUCUGAAUCAGUACGGCUCAAAGGUGGGGUAUCAGAUCCGCUUCGAGACGACCCGGACCGAGGCCACCAAACUGUCCUUCCUGACUGAGGGGCUGCUGCUCCGACAGAUCCAGCAGGACAGGACGCUGGAUCAGUACCAGGUGGUGAUCGUGGACGAGGUCCACGAGAGGCACCUCCACUGCGACUUCCUCCUCGGCGUCCUGCGCUCUCUCGUGGCUGAACGUCCAGACCUCCGUCUCAUCCUCAUGUCAGCCACCAUCAACAUCAAACUCUUCUCCGACUAUUUCAGCGGCGCUCCCGUGCUGCAGGUACCGGGCAGGCUGUUUCCUAUACAGGUCAUAUACCAGCCCAUUCCGCCUGAGGAGCAGCCCUCGCGCUCAGAGAAACUGGAUCCCAGACCCUACCUGCGCAUCCUGCAGGGCGUCGAUCAGCGCUACCCUCCGGAGGAGCGAGGCGACCUGCUCCUCUUCCUCAGCGGCGUGGCAGAGAUCUCCACCAUUCAAGAGGCCUGUCAGGUGUAUGCCACGCACACAAGCCGCUGGAUAGUCUUACCGCUGCACAGCACCCUCUCUCUGGCUCAACAGGAUAAGGUGUUUGACAUUUCUCCUCCUGGAGUGAGAAAGUGCAUCAUCUCUACCAAUAUUGCUGAGACCUCAGUGACAAUAGAUGGAGUGCGCUUUGUUGUAGACUCAGGAAAAGUGAAGGAAAUGAGUUUCGAUCCUAAGGCCAAGAUGCAGCGCCUGCAGGAGUUCUGGAUCAGCAGAGCCAGCUCGGAGCAGAGGAAAGGUCGAGCCGGUCGCACGGGUCCUGGCGUUUGUUACCGCCUUUACGCCGAGUCCGACUACGAUGCUUUUGCACCUUACCCCGUGCCGGAGAUCCACAGAGUGGCUCUUGACUCCCUCGUUCUUCAGAUGAAGAGCAUGAGUCUUGGAGAUCCACUUUCUUUUGUCUUCAUUGAUCCACCUCCAGCUGCCAGUAUCCAGACUGCUGUUACCUAUCUGAAAGAGCAGGGGGCGCUGGACAGCCGCAGUGAGCUCACCUCUAUUGGUAGUUUGCUUGCACAGCUGCCUGUGGAUGUGGUCAUAGGAAAGAUGUUGGUGCUGGGCUCUUUGUUUAAUCUGGCCGAGCCCGUGUUGACUGUGGCAGCAGCUCUCAGCGUUCAGUCGCCUUUCCUGCGCAGCGCUCAGCAUAAUCCUGACUGUGCAACUGCUCGCCAGCCCCUGCACAGCAACCAGGGAGACCCCUUUACCCUGCUCAACACCUUCAAUGCAUGGAUGGAGGUAAAGGGAGAGAGAGGUGGCGGCUCAAAGAAGUGGUGCAGAAGGAGAGGUCUGGAGGAGCAGCGGUUAUAUGAGAUGGUCAACCUACGCAGACAGUUCAAGGAAUUGCUGAGGAGCCAUGGUUUGCUGGAAUCAGAGCACAGCUCUUCUUCUAGCGGUGACCGCGGGCAACGUAGGGAGCGGCUUACAGAGAGGAGGAAACUGCAUCAGAUGAAGAGAGAUCAUGAGCAGCAGGAAAGCAGCAGGCGGAAAGUCUUGAAGCUCAGUGAGGGCCAGGAAGGAGAGUUCUCCUCGGGGUCAGACACAGAGGAGACAGGCAGAGGCAAGAAGGACAAGGAGAGACAGAACUUGGACAUACAGGUGAGGACAGUGAAGUUCAAGUUGCGUCACAACGUGUCAGAGCUGCAGGAGGCGGUCAGCAUCAGUCAGGACUUGUCCUCCCGACAGCAGUCUUUGCUCAAGCUGCUGCUUUGCCGAGGCCUCUACCCUCAGCUGGCUCUGCCCGAUGACCACAACACCACCCGCAAGGACUCAGACCAGGUGUUUCAUACGAGGAACAAGCAGGGGGUGGUGAUCCACCCGACCAGUGUGUUUGCCAGCGACCCGGAGGUGUUACAUGUGCCUGAAGAUGACACCAGAGAAAUAGAGCCUGAAAGAAGGGACAGCAGCAAACACCAGCUGCUAGCCUUCGUUACUCUGUUGGAGACCAACAAGCCAUAUUUGUCCAACUGUGUGCGGGUUCCAGCUCUGCAAGCUCUACUGCUGGUAGCCAACUCUGUGGACAGUAACGCUGACUGCAGUCGUCUGGUGGUCGACGGCUGGCUGGAGCUGGAGCUGAGGGAGCCAGAGGAGGCCCUGAAGGUGCUGUCCACGGCUCUUACCCUCAGGGCCGAGUGGGAGCGCCUCCUUCUGGUCCAGCUGGGACAGAGCAAGAUGGGGGAGCCGGCCCAGGGCGUGUCCCGCAAAGUCAGGGAAAAGCUGAGUGAAGGCCUUGUCCGUUUCCUGCUCUACACAGAGGUCACGUACAGCCUACGGCGACUCGCAGCUUUCCAGAUCCAGAACCUGUACAUCGGCCCUCGGCCUGGAUCCGAGCAGUCUCCCACCAAAGCUCCAGAUCUUAACCCGCUGUUUCCAGGAGUGGAGGCCAAGCCGGACCCCAUUAAAGGAGGCCUGCGUGUCACAAGCUUCUUCACCUACAACUGUCUGGCUGACUCAAAGGAUCUCUACAGUGAAUGCUUACGCACUUUCUGGAGCUGUCCUAACUGUGACCUCUACAUGCCUCUUACUCCACUGGAACGCAUGCAGCAUGAGGCCUCCUGCAGGCCGGCAGGAGAACAGCAGCAGCAGGAGGACGAAGAACCAGAAAAAGGAAAGGCCGGCCCCUCGUCAGCGUCCAGUCUUACAAGAGAUUAUCACUGCGACGUCUGUAACGAAGACCUGACCCUCACCUCCACUGAGAUCCUCAAACAUAAAAGGCAGCACAUGUAUUCUGCCAAAUAAUUGACUACAACUGAAAACAGCUAACCGCAUUUCUGGUCUGUCAAAGAAACACUUGAGUUUGUGGAAUAAAGUUUUUUCUAUAU